AUGUCAAAGAACGGUGUUUGGCAAUUAAAAAAACUUGUUAUUAACUAUUGCGAAUUUUCAGGUAGCAGUAAAUAUGUUAGAAAUAUUUUAGGUUCAUCAAUCAAACAAUUUAAAGAAUUAAACCCACAAAUCCAAGUUGAAGAAUCAGUUGUUCGUGGUGGUCAUCCAUCUUUAUUAGCAACUUAUGAAUCAGGUGUUACUAAAUUUGUACCAUUAAGAGGCAGAGAAGAAGAUAAAGUUGUUAAACAUAUGGAAAAUCUUAGAGAUACAUCAGGUGAAAGACCUAGAAAAUUUGGAGAUAGAUAUGUUAAAAAGACUGAAAGUAUACAAGGUUUAUGGAAUCCAUUCAUUAAUUUUAAAUCUGCUGAAUCAACUUCAAAUUAA